UUUUCUGAUAAAAGGCCCAGGGCCCGGAACUCUCGCUUUUCCGCGAUUCUCCUCCUUCCUCUUCCUCUUCCUCUUCCUCUUUCGUCUACGUCUGCUGCAAUCCCCAUCUCCGUCUCCGUCUCCGUCUCCGUCUCUCUCACGCCCUUCUCUUCUUCUCCCUCUUGCUUUCACUAGCUUCCUUGUUCUAACUCUGGUGAACUAUCUAAUCUCGCUCCCUUCCUUUUAUCAUCGUCUUUCUACUUUGCUUCUCUAUCAAAAUCCUGAUUCCACCCUCCGAUCUCAAAGGAAAAAUGAUUAACCUUUUCAAGAUAAAGGACCAGAAGCGGGAAGAAAGUGGAAAUGCAACUGGAAGGGCUCCUGUGAAGAAGCAAAGUGCUGGGGAACUACGUCUUCAUAAAGAUAUUAGUGAGCUGAAUCUGCCAAAAACAACUGGUAUUACGUUUCCCAAUGGCAAGGAUGAUUUGAUGAAUUUUGAGAUCAGCAUUCGUCCAGAUGAAGGAUAUUAUCUAGGUGGAACAUUUCUGUUUACUUUUCAAGUAUCUCCUUCUUACCCUCAUGAACCACCAAAGGUCAAGUGCAAGACAAAGGUUUAUCAUCCCAACAUUGAUUUGGAGGGAAAUGUAUGCCUUAACAUUCUGCGUGAAGACUGGAAGCCUGUCCUUAACAUAAACACUAUCAUCUAUGGGCUGAAUCUUCUUUUCUCUCAACCUAACGAUGAGGACCCCUUGAAUCAUGAUGCUGCUGCUGUUCUACGUGACAAUCCUAGGUUGUUCGAGAACAAUGUAAAAAGGGCAAUGGCUGGAGGAUUUGUAGGUCAGAUCUACUUCCCAAGGUGCAUAUAACAAAAAGUGUUCCAGGCCAAACCUAAACAGGAUGCUGGCAAUGCAAAAAUCUGGUGAUAAUGAUAUCGAAAAAUGAUGCGGUUGGGCCACGGAACUGGAAAUCUUGCCCGAAGUCGUGAGUUAAUAUAUGAUGAUGGUUAUUUAAGAUUCUCUUUGUGUUGAAAACUAUCCAUGCCAACUGAUGAUACCAUGUAAUUGUCUUGGUCCGCCCCAGCAGCGGUGCUGUAAUUUGUGUGUGUGUGUGUCUGAAACUCUCUACUUUCUGUUUACGACUUUGACUUGUUUGAUUCGCUCUCAAUGCCACUACUUAAACGAUGGUGAUCAUCUCAAUGCCCUUUUGGAUGCUUUUUUAGCA